CAUGACAGGCCGGGGUCUACCUGAGGUCACGCCUGGCACGCAACCGCCUCAUUCCUCACGCUCACUCAAAAACUCGAGACACUCUCUCUCCCUGGCACCUCCACGGUCAGCCCUCUCGCUCACCUCAAGGUGUAUGUGCUGUUGUUUCUUUCUUUAAGGUGUUUUCCCGUUUACAAGGAGCGCCUUCUUCAGGUAAUCCAGGUGAGAGUCUGCACGGAUUACCUGGGCGGGUGCGUUAAUGGCGCUAAUUGGUCCGCGGGGUGUUACGUUACACGGCCGUCCUGUCACGUCGUCAGGUGGGUCGGCUCUCCGCGCAGAACGACAAAGUGGAGGCGGCGUUUGUGCGAGCUCUCUCGGUUAGACUCAGAUCUACGGUUACGGGGCCCCACUGUUCGCUACACCGAGCACCACCACAGCUGCACUGUCAAGCGGCCGUCUUUCUGUCCGAAGGAUUAGGUCCAAGAUCAGGCCCGGUCGCGGAGCGUGAAGCGGAGAGCUACAGUCAGUCUGAAUGCCUCUGAUCGAUAACAACUGACGACCUCGCGACGUGGAGGGGCCAGCUCCACCUACGUCAUCAGCGGGGAGGGUUGUCUCCCGUCUCCAUGGCAACGGAGCGACGCCAGGAGUUCUAAUUUGGAAGACGUAAACACCGUGAUCGGAAGGAGCGCGGUUUGAUCAGUGACGGCCGCGGGUCCGUUAUGCUCGCUCCGGCGGCCCGACCGUCGCCCGUUCAGACCAGAGGAGGACUUGCGGUUCCUCGUUGUUAUCGCCGGGUUGGAAACUGGAUACAGGCUUUAGACUGUGUGUUGUUGGAGUGUUUGUCGAGCCCCUCAUGGCAGCGGGGAUCCGCUGAGAGCAAGGUGUGUUUGCCUGCCAACUUGAGACGCUGCGGUCCGGGGCUGGUUCCCUGGGAUUAACACUGAACAGGGGGAGAAUUAAGGUUCCGUCAGGGAGGCAGGCCGGCCGGAGAGGAGACGGUAGAUUCUCAGAUUAAAGAUGAUGAUGGCAACGACGCUCGAACAGAACCCGGAAUUACUGAACCAGUACGAGGAGAAUUAUGAGUCGUCGAAGGUGGUGCAGAUUCUGCGGUUCCUGAAGGACCAGGAGCGGUACACGGCGGAGCGGCGGGCGCAGGCAGCCCGACCGCCCGCCUACGUGCGGCUGGACGAGCGGACCGAGCAGGAGAGGCGGCGAGACGGGUUCAGGCCCCGCACGGCCGACUCCGCCAUGUUCGCCCCGAACUACAGACCUCCCCGAGGCCGCUCCUCCGAGAGGCCGGGCACGGAGAGCCCAGCGCUCAGCAAGGCCAGGACCAACGCACUCACCGUCAGCAAGAUCCGCGGCGCCGCCAACCCGGGCCGGCCAAAGCUGUCCAGAACGCCCCGAGAACAGCUGGACUUCUCGCCGGUUCGGGAAAAUUCCCGGGCGACCAUCGCCGUGCGCCCUGCCACGCAGCAGGCUACCCGCGUGUACAGAAACGAUCUCAGAGCCAGACUCUACAGCCACCCCCCUCCCACCAGACACGAACUCAUGAAGGACAAACACCUUCUAGAAAAGAGGCAAUCUUUACUCAAUAGACCGAAAAUGACACUAGACGGCGGUGGGGAUUUAUUAAAAAGCGACACCGGCAACGCCAUAGUGCAGUACGACAAUAACGUAGUCAGCGUGCGCCUGUCGCGAAGCACGGCCCGACUGGACCACGAGUCGCGGGGCGGUGUGGAGGAGACGCCGGAGAACGUCACGCGCGACGUCCGGUCCAACACCAAGUCGGACUCCGCCGGCACCGGGCUCAGGACGCUCUCGGCGUCCACCGAGUUCAGCGCCGAACCUGCCGCCGUGCCCAACAGAAAGUGCCCCAUCUCUAUAGACGACAGGCCCGAGCGGAGCCCGGUCCGCAGCCCGGACAGAACUCUCGUCGGCGCGAACUCGAGCCUAGCGCAGAGGAAGCCGCUCCAGUUCGCCGGCACGGACUCCUCCGGGUCGGGCGGGGGCAGGGUGGACGUGUACCACCUGCCCAGGCUCGGCCACGGCGUCACCAUGGGCGGGGAGCGCGCGCAACCCCAGCCGCUGCCCUACCUGGUGGAGACCAACUCACUGUCCUAGCAUCGUGCGUCACCAUGACAACCGGACGGUUUCCACGACAACGGAACGACGCGGACAGCGCACAACAAUGUUGCUUUUGGUAGGACAUGUGAACAUCAUUACCUCAGUUUGACCAAGAACUCGGUCUAAAAUGUAUACCGUCGUUAACACUGACAACGUGCACGUUGCCUAGAAAACACUGGCCGCUUUGAACAUGAAAAGACACUAGAAAUUUGGAAUAACGAAAAUUUUCUAGAAUUGAAAUAUAUCACAAGACUACACAUGCUACAAAGGUACCUAUUGUAUAAAAGAAAGCAGCUUUUUAGGUCAACAUUAACUUCCUCAUAGGUGAUCACGUAGCAAGUUCGGAAUCAAUCGCUUCCAUCUUGGUACCCUUCACCUUGGGAAAAUGACAAAUGGCUUUCCAACCUGAAAGCGACCAGUGUUUUUGGCGAUAGCACGUCAAACGGCCGAGCCACAAUUAGCUGGUUUCGGUCCACAGGGGAUCAGAAUUGCAGCCAUGCCGGGAUACAGCCCGGCUCAGGGCCCGUGUUCUGUGGGGACAUUCCCGCGCAAUAUGGACACGCAGACACGUAGAGCUAGUCACGCCGGCGGUCUGCUCUCUACUUGAACUUUGCUCGUUCGGCAGGCGUUCUUUCUUGCCUCCUCACGGAUAUGUGCAGUAAAAGGUCCCCUCUCCACUAGACGGCGAGCGCUGAGCGACCUUACAGCGACCAAAAUUGACGUUAUUUAGAGGCACAGUUAGUUUGACAUUGCUGUUGGCAACCAAAAUUGAAAUUUUGUGAUCAUUAAUUUCAUCAUUGCAACAUAACGCAAGAUAUAAAAGUUUGUUAUAUAAGGUUUUCAGAAAAAGACACAAAACAUGAAAAAGAAUUCACUCUUUAUUUAUAAACAAUAAACUUUACUACUAUAAAAUCCGCUGACCGAUAUGUCGCUCAUUGUUCGCUGCCUUCAGUGGGAGGGGAAGUAUUUAAGGAGGCCAGGUUAAAACAUUUCUGUCACGGCCAGACUAGCAUCUUACCGAGAAAAUGAUGUAAUUAUUGAGAAAUGAUGUAUUUAUGAAGAGAUGACAUGCUCGCAAUGUUGCUUCCUAUGUUGUUGAUAAGUUAAAUAAGUAGACUACAGUCCCGUCUGUACAUAUAAUGUUGAUUUGUGUGAGGGAACUUGCCAGUAUUCUCCCCCACGAGACGCUAGCCCAACCCAGCCAUACGCGUUAGAGAGACAGAUGGGUCCAUGACAGGACUGCCGUGUCACUUUGUCGUCUGUGCGCGGUGACCAAAAAUGACAUUAAAAAUUCAUGUCCCCGUG